AUGAAUCGGCUGACAAGCGAUGCCACCAGCUCGCCGGCGACCGGCACAGGUCGUCGGCACACGAUGACCGAUUCAUCUCUGUUCUCGCACCUCCACUGUACUGUAGUGUCGGUUCAACCAUUAUUUGGCUUUGAUUCUUUUGUAUCAGUUAACACGUAUCCUGCCUGGCCACCUGUAGUAGCGAUUGAGGAAGAUAUUAUCGAACAGGUGGUGCAUAACUUGUAA